GAGAAACGAAUGUCUGGAAUGUCCCGUCUAGCACAGGAAUAUCAAUUUAAAAGAAUUCAAAUUUACAAGAAAUGUUUUUUUUCUUUUUCAUUCAUGGAAAUAAACAUAUCUAUCAAUCAACUCAAAUCUUGGCACAAUGUGACGACCUCUGCAUCCGUAUAGUUCCAUCGCUCAUUACCGUUGCUUGGUAUGAACCGAGCUUAACUUCAAAGCUCCAAAACACCGCUGUGCAUUUGUGCACAAAAAAAGCUUCUACGUACCACCUGAUGUUUUGUCCAAUCUAUGACAAACUUCCUCUCGCUCCAAAGCAAAAGACCAAUGCACUUCUCAAGAACACUGACAAAAACCCCCUUCCCGAAUCACUACUGUUGUUGCGGUUUGAGCAGAACAAAAAAAAGAUGAAAGCCAUCAGGAACCGUGUUCUCUUGUCUGCCUGCCUGCCGACUCGGGCCACGGUGGUCCCGACCACCGAUCGCCACAAAUGCGAACCAAUUAGUAGUGAAUGCAGCUCCCUAUCUAACAAGGAAAUGCAAACAGCCACAAACACCCGGCCCGGCUGUUUAAACCUGGACUUUUCACUCCCGCGUUCCAAACCGGUCCCGGCACUACUUCGGCACCAUCCGCGCCAAUCUAACGCGCCAUCUAAGCCGCGCGUACGCGUUCCCGAUCGUGUACGUGUAUGCCGGCAUUACGGGGGCAUUACGUAUAUGACAUCCGUCGCAGAACGCUGGUGCUCGUUGCUGCUCUCAAGGUUAGCGUGUCACGUGUCGGGCGAGAGUGCAUUCACGCGGUGCGCGCGCGGUUCGCAAUUCCGGGCGCGAGUGAGUGAGUGAGCGGGAAACUUCCCUCCCAUUCCCCAGCAAACCUUGAUAAUCGCUAACGAACAACCGGACGGAUGGUGUGACCUUUGACACACCACACACCAGAACAACGGUUUCAAAUGUUGGAAAAGAGAAAACAUUAAACGGUAUCGAAGUGAUAUCACAGUGCGACCGCAAGCUUGGACCGUUUGAAGGAAGGCCAUCCAAGGAAGCUUAUCAUAGUGAUUGGAUUAUCGCCCAAAAGAGAGUCCACUGUGUGUGUGUCUGUGUGGUGUGAAUCAGCCACGAACGUAGCGAAACGGUCGCAGAAAAAGAAACGCACAGCACCGAACGGUUCCAACACGAAAACAAAAACAUUCAAGCGGGGAGAGCAGGUUUCGCUUUUAAUUGCAAACAAAGUAGCCAACAGAGAGCGUUCCGUGCAGACGGUGCCCCCAUUCGAAAGUGAUAGCGUACCGGGUGUGCACCACAGCAACGUUCGAUCGGAACGUAGUGAGUGAGUUCGUUUCGCAACAAGACAACAAUAGUGAAAAUCCUGCACAAUGUGCAUUCUGUUCGUUUACGUGGAUGAUGGUUCUGUGCCGGGACGGUAUCGGCUAGUGUUAGCAUCUAACCGCGACGAAUUCUAUUCCCGUCCGGCCAAGGCAGCUGCACCGUGGGAUGAAAACGUCCGUAUCAUUGGUGGCCGCGAUAUGGAACCGGGUCGCGAAGGUGGUACGUGGCUAGCGAUCGGGAACCAUCCCGAAGGGCGCAUUAAGCUGGGUGCUCUGCUAAACGUUACCGGUGAAAAUAAAGCCAACGUCAGCAAUGGUCGUGGACCGAUCGUGGCUAAUUUCCUAUCGGGAGAGCUAACCGGCCGGGCGUACAGCGAACAGUUGCUAGCGCAGGAUAACUUCGGUGCGUUCAAUUUUGUCUCGAUCGAGUUGGAUGCGGCAAAUGGUGUUCGUCCGGAGGGUUCAAACCAACCAACCAGAGGAACCGUUCUACACACGAGCAAUGCUCCACACAGCAUUACAGCAUGCAAAACAGGCCAAGCGUUAGGAUUUGGUAACAGCACGCUUGAAAAACCGCUACAGAAAGUUUGCCGUGGAAGGGAACAGUUUGCCGAGAUCGUCGCUAGACGUAAUGUUUCCUUCGCGGAUAAAGAUGCCUUCGUGGACGAGCUAAUGGGACUGCUAAAGAACGAUGUGCGUCACUUCCCGGACGCAGAAUUGACGAGGCGUGCUGGACAGCAUGCGGAAUUUCUUUCUAGCAUUAACGUGCGCAUGCCCAAUGGAAGCUACGGCAGUCGAACGCGUACCGUGAUCCUUGUCGAUCAAAGUAAUCACAUGGAGUUCAUCGAGGAAACGCUGAUCGGAACAGAUCCCCAAACAGGUGAAUGGAUAACCACGAGAAUUGAGCGAGAAUUCUCCUAAAGACGCCAAUAGGUAAUAGCUAGAACAAUAUUCUUUUUUUAUGGAUACGAACAAUUAUUUUAACUUCUAUUUCAAAUUAUAAACAACUUUCUGACGACGAAAAGCAAA